UGGUCGUCGCGGCCACGCGCUCAUUUACGCGUUGUUAGUAAAUAACUGUUGACAAUUUAAUAUCAAUUGUGUGUGCUAGUUUGUGUUUUGUUGGAUUGCUCAACGUUCUAUAUGCAGCUAUGAAACCGAAGCAUUAAACAGUAUUGAAGUGAUUUGAACAAGUGACCUGUGAUCUAAGUGAAAUGUGUCGGAACAGCAGUGGAUUGAGAUAGUGAAGAUGUCAGUGGGGUGACUAUAGACAAUAGCCAUUCGGCUUUAGUGUUAGUUUAACGAAAACAUUCCACUGUUAAAAAUUUUAAACCAGGGCCCGGUGGACAAAAGCAAGGAUAACUGCAAAAUGACCAAGGGCCCUCGGAAAGUGAAACUAGUCAUUGUAGUCAACAAUAAGAAAGACCCUCCUACAUUCAAAACAUUAACGCCGACAUCGCGCACGCAGCUCAAGCAACAGUUGAUGCGAGAGCAUGCGCAGGAGCAACUACGUAGAGAAUCAUUACAGGCGCAGCAAGCAGGUCAAUCAAAGGAUGAUGGAGAGGAGAAGAAGAAGUCAAGCCCAACGGAAGUGCCGAGGAUCACGCCACACGUGGAAUUGCCGCCACAGGUGUUGCAGGUGCGGACAGUUCUGGAGAACCCCACCAGGUAUCACGUGAUCCAGAAACAGAAGAGUCAGGUGCGACAAUAUCUCAGUGAAUCGUUCACACCACAAGGACAGGUAUCUUCAAAUGGUCGAAGUGCCCCCAUCCAGUCCGCCCCAGAAAUGGGUAGACGAGCGAACUCUCCAGACAGAGCCUCAUCAAGUGGACUCAUGAGCCCUGGGAUGUGCUCUGGUGGUGGUAACUCUGAGGCAGACGAAUUCCUAGAAGACAUCUUAUCGUUAGAUGGCGGAGGUGGACCCCUCUCAUCAUCAGAGCCAGCCUCCACAGCCAGCUCUGUGGCUGGUGAUUGUGGCUUACUUUCUGACGCAGACAUGCACGCCUUGGCCAAGGAUAGACAAAAGAAGGAUAAUCAUAAUAUGAUCGAACGCCGCCGUCGAUUCAACAUCAACGACCGUAUCAAAGAGUUAGGGACACUUCUACCCAAAAAUAAUGACCCAUUCUACGAAGUGAUCAGGGACGUGAGACCGAAUAAGGGCACGAUACUAAAGAGCAGUGUGGAUUACAUUAAAUGCUUGCGGGAUGAAGUGAAUCGAUUGAAACAGAGCGAGCAAAGGCGGAAACAAAUUGAACUGCACAACCGGAAGUUAAUGUUGAGAAUACAGGAAUUAGAGAGAUUGGCGAAAAUGCACGGUCUGCCCAUCUCCAGCGAAGGCUGGUCGUCACCUCACGCUGAAGACUCUGGAGUCGAUACAGCGCAUUCGGAACCAUUCGCAUCACCUGCUAGAACACCUCUUCACAACAUAUCACAACAAAGCCUGAUCAGCCAGGGCUGGUCGUCACCCCACUCCACUGACUCCGGGGUCAAAUCGACCCCUGAACCUUAUGCUUCCCCACAAAGGGUUCAAGCGGAGAUAAUGGUCCCUAAAACGGAGCCAGCACCCCUCAUGGAGCUGAGCGAGCCCCCUCCAGACCUUUUACGGGACACGCCCGCCGAACCACUUUCCGCACUCGAUGCUUUGGAUGGUCUAAAGCUGGGCUCGUGCUCUCCACUAAGUCGAUCUGACGGUCUGUCGUUAGACUGUCUGGAACCUGAUCUAUGCCUCGAACCAGUGACGGACCACCUCUUUAACCACAAGGAUAUUAAGAUGCGUCUAUCACCGCCGCCGAGUUUGUUGAGCGGCGAAGAGAGCGAAGCUGUGUUGAAUCUUGCGCAAAUCGAAGAUCUUAUGGAUGACGACUCACACAAUCCAGUCACCACGGGCGACCCCAUGCUUUGUUCGUCUCCGACGUCUCAGCUUGGAUUAAGUGCGGCCGUGGCUGACGCAGCAGACCGUGCUAUGUUGCACAUAGACCUCUCGCACCAUCAUAACGAUUCUUCCCUCCUCGGCGAGUCUUCCCUGGUUGGGGUGGGAUUAGGAGAUAGCUCUCUCCCACUUCUUUUGGGGCAUCACCACGCGCCACACCAUUCUAACUCCCACGCCCAUCACUGCUUUGACAUGGAUCUAAGUGCGUAAACUGUAAGCGUGCCUUAAUGGCCUCAACGGAUAACGGCCUUUUAAAGGCGACGAAUGGCCUUUACUAAAACUUUUAUGACUGUGUAACGGCCUUUUGAAUGUGAAUUUUUUCAUAGAAAUCUAUUAUAUUUACGCUCAUUGUGAUUUUUGUGCCUUCAUACGAAAGAUUAAAAGUAUUUUCAACAUUCACAAAUGUAAUUUAAGACAAUAAAGAUUUAUCUUACUUAUAAAAACAUUUAAACGUUGCUUAUAAAGCACAUUUAGUGAGUUCACUACAACUAACUCCUUAUUCGUAAAAACUAAAUCAGUUCCAACAAUAUUGAUUUAAUUAUUAAAGCCAUCUGUCUUUUUUUAACGCACUACCAAUACUAUGUGAGAGAAAGAGAUGAAUAUAUGUUGAACUGAUUUAGCUUUCAUAAGGGAAGUUUAGGUAUUUUUAUAAGAGAUAUUUUAAAAUUUUGAAAUUUUAUCUCAGAUUUGUUAUUUUUGACAAUUUACAUAUUAAACAAAAUGUAGGGAUCAAAUCCCUUAUAAAAACUAUUGGGAUAAAAUUCCAUUUAUUGAUAACAGGUGCAAUAUUGAACUAUGUUUGGUCGUUAUAAAUAAUGCGAAUAUUAUUUUUGUAUGGAUAUUAUAUAUGUAUAUUUUUCUAUACUUUAUACAAUUUGUACAUAGUUUAAUGUGCUCAACGUAAAGGUGCCUUGAUCGAGGCGAUGAACAAGCUCUGAAGUUAUCACAAAGACGUUUUCUAUACUUUACAACUGUAAUGCCAUUGAAGAGUUACCAGCGUUAUUAUAGUUAAUUUUUAACUUGUUUGUACGGAUAUAUUACCGAGGGUAGAAGAAUUUUUUAAUCAAAAUAAUUUUCGUCUACCCUCACUACUAAUACACUUUGAUGAAUCAAAUACGUAAAAUCUCUUUCCAUUUUACUGAAGCCCGUAGUAAAUAACAUGUCUCAAGUCGCAAUCUAGUCCUGAGCACUGUCUAAACUGGUAUUCAAUACAUAAGAUUUGAUCCAAGUUUCAGAAUACCGAAAGAUAAUUCAAGGGCUUUUAUAUAUACUCUAAUUAUCUGUCAAUACACUAGAUUUCGACAGGACUGUACCAUCCGUCAAAUUUCAUAACGUUUCACAGAUACAAGUGCUACUACAUUUGCAGUUAAUGUUGUCUCUGCGUAGAAUAUUAAUUAGCAGAUUUAAAAAUUGAGAAAAAAACAUUAAUUGUAUGAAAAUAUUUUCAAAGGGAAAAAAAUUGUUGAAAAUGAGAAUUAUUUCCCAUAAACUUGUUUGAAUAUAUUCUGUGCUUGGAUAACUUUUAGUGUAUAUUUAAGUUAUUUGUAGUCUUUCAGCGCUAUUAGCGAAAUUUUAUAUUUUGACCGGAAGAGACAAAAAGUACAAAAUAAAGUUGAUUUUGGGUUGAUUUAUAUGUUGUAAGUACAGAAUUGUAAAAUUGAUUAAAAUAAUUUUUCAAUGAUAAAGCCGUUUUGACGUGUUUGAUAUUUGUUAAGACCUAGCAAGAGUGCAAAGACAAUUUUCAGUUAAAGACAGUUCUUAUAACACCUUUAAAAAUUAUAUAUACUGUCUUCGCGAUGAUUAAUCCCUUUAUAAAAACUUUACCAGUCCUAUUACACGUUUUUUAAGUAUUCGUCCUAUUAAAUUCUGUUUACGCUGAGUUGGAAGGCUAUCAUGACAAUAGUUAAAACAAUAAUCGUGAUCACCUGUCUCUUUCGAACGCCGGUUUAACACAAUUUGACAGAAAGAGACAGAGUACUUUAGAGUGCGAUAAGAAUUAUUAGGAUUUAUGAAUAAUGUCGCGAAAUAGCUUCAAUUCCAAGUUACCAAAAGACCUUUGCGAGACACUCACUUAGAGCUUUGAGUCCUUAGACCCAGUUUAAAUCGCCUAUUUAAAGUCACCAAUCCCCGAAGUAUCACACUGACGCAUUUCGCUAGCUUCGCAAAGCCAGACUUUACGACAGUCGUACUAAAGCUGUUCUAAUUAGCACGUAACCUCGUUCAAUUAGAACAUUUAUAUCAGGUCACGCUUGGCCAAAAGCAAUAAUAGCUUAAAGAAAAUAUGGUGCUCUGUUGACGCAUUUGUCUUAUAAAAAUAUUGUUAGUAAAUUGUGAUACAUAUAUUUCUAGAUAAAUAUUUAUCGUCGAUCUUUUAGUUGAUAACACUGCUACGUUGUUGUUAAGUAUUAAUUUAUUUGUUGGAACACUAGUUAAGACCUACACGUUUGUUAAGUUUCUACGUUUUCGAAAAAUUUAUUAGUCAAGACGUCAUACCACCGGGCUGUCAACUUCACUGUCACGUUUCAAAGUUUGACAUUGACAGGUCUUGAAAUGAUUUAAUGUAUGAAUUAUGUGUCGCGUUUCACAGCUAGAUAAUGUAAAUAGUAUUAUCGAACAAAUAAUAAAAUUGUAUUGUUAGUGGUUGCAAUAAUUUAAUAGGAAAUUGUUUAUUGUUACGUCAAAGUGGAAAGAGUAUGUCCAGUAGGUAUUCCAAUUAAUUGGUUCCUGUUUAAAUGUCAUUACGACACCAAAAGCGCUUUUCUUUGUUUUAUUGUAAAAAUAUACAAUUAUUAUAUCUAUCCAAAUACUUAGCAAUGGUACCAACAUUACGAGAGAACAAUAACUGAUUUUAUAUUUUCUUAACCGGAACUCUUUCCAUUUCUAGUUAUUUUAUAUGCCUUUAUAGUAUUAUAUAGUCUUCCAAUAAAGUUUGGUAAUUGUAUGGAUAAGUCGUUUAAAAUAUUUUUUUCGAUGCGAAACGCACAAACUCAACGUAUGAAUGAAAUGUGAGAUUAAGUACAAAAAAUAAAUCAGGUUUUACCAAUACAA